CGUACGCCCCGCCCCCCUCACCCAUGCCAUGGACCCCAGGAAACUUGGCUUACCGGACCAGAUUUUGUCGCCGAGGAGACGAGUUGUCCCUGGAUUCGGUCUUGGCAUUAGCAUCUCUCUUAUUUUUCUUAGCUUUCUUUUGCUUUAUAGAUCCUCUCAUGGCAAAUAUUUCUUCCCCGUUUAUUACCGCUCCACUCCCGUUGAUUCUCUCUUUUCUUCCUGGUGUUUCUCCUUUUCAUCUCCGUCCUCGUCUNAUUUAACUUCUAAAUCUUCCAAGUUCCCGACCCAUGCUGCUCCCACGCGACCCGUUCAGCCAAUUCCUCCCCAAAUGGCGUCGCCCUCCAAUCAUACGCUCAACACCAAUGGGAGCUUAAAACUGAAUGCCCAUCCGCCAAAUGGGUCGGGAAUUGGAAAUGGAUCCAUUUCCCCCCGAGGAAAGUUGGGCCCUGGGAAGAAAAAUGAAGAGAGAACCCCGAGUAACUCCAUUUCUUUGAAAAACGAUACUACUCUAUAUCAGGAGGAGAAUAUUCAUUCUUCCAAUGCUGACGACAAGAAUGCGUCAGAAGGAAAUGGAGGAAGAAAUUCAAGCGAGAGAAUUCAAAUUACCAACAACUCUCAACCGAUGGGAGCAUCAAAUGACAGCUUCGAUGAGGAAUGUGACAUCUUUGAUGGCAAAUGGGUGAGGGACGAUUCGAAGCCAUAUUAUCCUCCAGGUUCUUGCCCUUACAUUGACAGAGACUUUGACUGUCAUCUUAAUAGGAGGCCAGAUGAUGGAUAUGUCAAAUGGAAAUGGCAGCCAAAUGGGUGCAACAUUCCAAGUCUGAACGCAACACAUUUUCUAGAAUUAUUGAGGGGAAGAAAUCUGGUUUUCGUUGGGGACUCAUUGAAUAGGAACAUGUGGGAGUCUCUGGUGUGCAUUCUUCGUCAUAGUAUUGCCGACAAGAAAAGAGUGUAUGAGAUAUCUGGAAGGACAGACUUCAAGAAGAAGGGCUUCUACGCCUUCCGGUUUGAGGACUUUAAUUGUUCCGUGGAUUUUGUUAGUUCUCCAUUCCUUGUUAGGGAAUCUACAUUCGAGAGAGACAACAAAACGAUGGAGACAUUAAGAUUGGAUGAAAUGGACGAGACGACCGAAAUGUACCGUGAUGCGGACGUUCUAGUGUUUAAUACAGGCCAUUGGUGGACUCAUGAGAAAACCUCUAGGGGGGAAAACUAUUACCAAGAAGGCAACCAUUUGCACCCGAGACUGAAGGUGUUGGAAGCGUUUAAGAGGGCUCUCACCACUUGGGGUCGAUGGAUAGACAACAACGUUGAUGGAAAUCGAACUCUGGUUUUCUUCAGAGGGUAUUCAUAUUCGCACUUCAGUGGUGGGCAGUGGAACUCGGGAGGUCAAUGCGACAAUGAAACGGAGCCAAUAUAUAAGGAAGCAUACUUGGGGAAGUACCCAAAGAAAAUGAGGGCUCUGGAGUAUGUGAUGGGGGAGAUGAAAACGCGGACGUCCUACUUAAACAUCACCAGGAUGACUCAUUAUCGGAAGGAUGCGCACCCUUCCAUUUAUAGAAUGGAAUACAAGACGGAGGAAGAAAGACGUGCAAGCGUGGGAGUUCAAGAUUGCAGCCAUUGGUGCUUGCCCGGGGUACCCGACACAUGGAACGAGCUGCUUUAUGUGUCUCUCUUAAGGAUGGCCAACAAAUUUUGGAGAGACUAAGCUCCAACAUUUGCAAAUCACCACCGUUUCCUUUUUCUUUUUUUUGUAUCCCAUCCAUUCUUUUUGUCAUUUGUGUAUUUUUGUUGGGUUUUGGAGUAAAGGUGCAUGUAUCAAAUGGUUGUUUAAUGGUUUUAGGUUGGUUCUGAGCAACA